GGGCAGCUCAGCUUUCACACUCGCACAUUCGUCACGAACCCCCCCCCACCCGGAGCCUGUCAGACGGGGGAAAAAAAAAUCCCUCCUUCACCAGCCUUACCCGAACUGACUAGCCAGGCUCCGAAACGGCCAUUAUUUCCUUAUUCGUGUAAUUCCUGGAUUAUCGAACCGGGUCUCGUGACGAAUCUGCUGCUGCUAACACGGAGGCUGCAUUGAUUUCAGCGCAGACUGUCUGGCGAAUGUGCUGUGUGAGUGUGGGAUGGGUUUACCUGUACUUCCUGGAUCACACAGACACAGACACAGGGCAUGGACUGCCUACAGUGUAAUGGGGAAUAUUUAUUAUUAGUUAAAUAAUCUGUUUAUAUUGGGGAAGGUGGUAAUAUAGGGUGUGUGUAGAUAGGGUAUAUCUGUACAUACAGUGAUACUUCCUGGAUCACCCAGACACAGGGCAUGGGCUGCCUACACUGUAAUGGGGAAUAUUUAUUAUUAGUUAAAUAAUCUGUUUAUAUUGGGGAAGGUGGUAAUAUAGGGUGUGUGUAGAUAGGGUAUACCUGUACGUACAGUGAUACUUCCUGGAUCACCCAGACACAGGGCAUGGACUGCCUACAGUGUAAUGGGGAAUAUUUAUUAUUAGUUAAAUAAUCUGUUUAUAUUGGGGAAGGUGGUAAUAUAGGGUGUGUGUAGAUAGGGUAUACCUGUACGUACAGUGAUACUUCCUGGAUCACCCAGACACAGGGCAUGGGCUGCCUGCAGUGUAAUGGGGAAUAUUUAUUAUUAGUUAAAUAAUCUGUUUAUAUUGGGGAAGGUGGUAAUAUAGGGUGUGUGUAGAUAGGGUAUACCUGUACGUACAGUUAUACUUCCUGGAUCACCCAGACACAGGGCAUGGGCUGCCUACAGUGUAAUGGGGAAUAUUUAUUAUUAGUUAAAUAAUCUGUUUAUAUUGGGGAAGGUGGUAAUAUAGGGUGUGUGCAGAUAGGGUAUACCUGUACGUACAGUGAUACUUCCUGGAUCACCCAGACACAGGGCAUGGACUGCUUACAGUGUAAUGGGGAAUAUUUAUUAUUAGUUAAAUAAUCUGUUUAUAUUGGGGAAGGUGGUAAUAUAGGGUGUGUGUAGAUAGGGUAUACCUGUACGUACAGUGAUACUUCCUGGAUCACCCAGACACAGGGCAUGGGCUGCCUACAGUGUAAUGGGGAAUAUUUAUUAUUAGUUAAAUAAUCUGUUUAUAUUGGGGAAGGUGGCAAUAUAGGGUGUGUGUAGAUAGGGUAUACCUGUACGUACAGUGAUACUUCCUGGAUCACCCAGACACAGGGCAUGGACUGCCUACAGUGUAAUGGGGAAUAUUUAUUAUUAGUUAAAUAAUCUGUUUAUAUUGGGGAAGGUGGUAAUAUAGGGUGUGUGUAGAUAGGGUAUAUCUGUACAUACAGUGAUACUUCCUGGAUCACCCAGACACAGGGCAUGGGCUGCCUACAGUGUAAUGGGGAAUAUUUAUUAUUAGUUAAAUAAUCUGUUUAUAUUGGGGAAGGUGGUAAUAUAGGGUGUGUGUAGAUAGGGUAUACCUGUACGUACAGUGAUACUUCCUGGAUCACCCAGACACAGGGCAUGGGCUGCCUACAGUGUAAUGGGGAAUAUUUAUUAUUAGUUAAAUAAUCUGUUUAUAUUGGGGAAGGUGGUAAUAUAGGGUGUGUGUAGAUAGGGUAUACCUGUACGUACAGUGAUACUUCCUGGAUCACCCAGACACAGGGCAUGGGCUGCCUACAGUGUAAUGGGGAAUAUUUAUUAUUAGUUAAAUAAUCUGUUUAUAUUGGGGAAGGUGGUAAUAUAGGGUGUGUGUAGAUAGGGUAUACCUGUACGUACAGUGAUACUUCCUGGAUCACCCAGACACAGGGCAUGGGCUGCCUACAGUGUAAUGGGGAAUAUUUAUUAUUAGUUAAAUAAUCUGUUUAUAUUGGGGAAGGUGGUAAUAUAGGGUGUGUGUAGAUAGGGUAUACCUGUACGUACAGUGAUACUUCCUGGAUCACCCAGACACAGGGCAUGGGCUGCCUACAGUGUAAUGGGGGAAUAUUUAUUAUUAGUUAAAUAAUCUGUUUAUAUUGGGGAAGGUGGUAAUAUAGGGUGUGUGUAGAUAGGGUAUACCUGUACCUACAGUGAUACUUCCUGGAUCACCCAGGCACAGGGCAUGGGCUGCCUACAGUGUAAUGGGGAAUAUUUAUUAUUAGUUAAAUAAUCUGUUUAUAUUGGGGAAGGUGGUAAUAUAGAGUGUGUGUAGAUAGGGUAUACCUGUACCUACAGUGAUACUCUGAUCACUCCACACAGGGCAUGGGCUGCCUACAGUGUAAUGGGGAAUAUUUAUUAUUAGUUAAAUAAUCUGUUUAUAUUGGGGAAGGUGGUAAUAUAGGGUGUGUGUAGAUAGGGUAUACCUGUACGUACAGUGAUCGUUCCUGGAUCACCCAGACACAUGGCAUGGGCUGCCUACAGUGUAAUGGGGGAAUAUUUAUUAUUAGUUAAAUAAUCUGUUUAUAUUGGGGAAGGUGGUAAUAUAGGGUGUGUGUAGAUAGGGUAUACCUGUACGUACAGUUAUACUUCCUGGAUCACCCAGACACAGGGCAUGGGCUGCCUACAGUGUAAUGGGGAAUAUUUAUUAUUAGUUAAAUAAUCUGUUUAUAUUGGGGAAGGUGGUAAUAUAGGGUGUGUGUAGAUAGGGUAUACCUGUACAUACAGUGAUACUUCCUGGAUCACCCAGACACAGGGCAUGGGCUGCCUACAGUGUAAUGGGGAAUAUUUAUUAUUAGUUAAAUAAUCUGUUUAUAUUGGGGAAGGUGGUAAUAUAGGGUGUGUAGAUAGGGUAUACCUGUACGUACAGUGAUACUUCCUGGAUCACCCAGACACAGGGCAUGGGCUGCCUACAGUGUAAUGGGGAAUAUUUAUUAUUAGUUAAAUAAUCUGUUUAUAUUGGGGAAGGUGGUAAUAUAGGGUGUGUGUAGAUAGGGUAUACCUGUACCUACAGUGAUACUUCCUGGAUCACCCAGGCACAGGGCAUGGGCUGCCUACAGUGUAAUGGGGAAUAUUUAUUAUUAGUUAAAUAAUCUGUUUUAUAUUGGGGAAGGUGGUAAUAUAGAGUGUGUGUAGAUAGGGUAUACCUGUACGUACAGUGAUACUUCCUGGAUCACCCAGACACAGGGCAUGGACUGCUUACAGUGUAAUGGGGAAUAUUUAUUAUUAGUUAAAUAAUCUGUUUAUAUUGGGGAAGGUGGUAAUAUAGGGUGUGUAGAUAGGGUAUACCUGUACCUACAGUGAUACUUCCUGGAUCACCCAGACACAGGGCAUGGGCUGCCUACAGUGUAAUGGGGAAUAUUUAUUAUUAGUUAAAUAAUCUGUUUAUAUUGGGGAAGGUGGUAAUAUAGGGUGUGUGUAGAUAGGGUAUACCUGUACAUACAGUGAUACUUCCUGGAUCACCCAGACACAGGGCAUGGACUGCCUACAGUGUAAUGGGGAAUAUUUAUUAUUAGUUAAAUAAUCUGUUUAUAUUGGGGAAGGUGGUAAUAUAGGGUGUGUGUAGAUAGGGUAUACCUGUACGUACAGUGAUACUUCCUGGAUCACCCAGACACAGGGCAUGGACUGCUUACAGUGUAAUGGGGAAUAUUUAUUAUUAGUUAAAUAAUCUGUUUAUAUUCGGGAAGGUGGUAAUAUAGGGUGUAUAGAUAGGGUAUACCUGUACAUACAGUGAUACUUCCUGGAUCACCCAGACACAGGGCAUGGGCUGCCUACAGUGUAAUGGGGAAUAUUUAUUAUUAGUUAAAUAAUCUGUUUAUAUUGGGGAAGGUGGUAAUAUAGGAUGUGUGUAGAUAGGGUAUAUCUGUACGUACAGUGAUACUUCCUGGAUCAUCCAGACACAGGGCAUGGACUGCCUACAGUGUAAUGGGGAAUAUUUAUUAUUAGUUAAAUAAUCUGUUUAUAUUGGGGAAGGUGGCAAUAUAGGGUGUGUGUAGAUAGGGUAUACCUGUACGUACAGUGAUACUUCCUGGAUCACCCAGACACAGGGCAUGGGCUGCCUACAGUGUAAUGGGGAAUAUUUAUUAUUAGUUAAAUAAUCUGUUUAUAUUGGGGAAGGUGGCAAUAUAGGGUGUGUGUAGAUAGGGUAUACCUGUACGUACAGUGAUACUUCCUGGAUCACCCAGACACAGGGCAUGGACUGCCUACAGUGUAAUGGGGAAUAUUUAUUAUUAGUUAAAUAAUCUGUUUAUAUUGGGGAAGGUGGUAAUAUAGAGUGUGUGUAGAUAGGGUAUACCUGUACGUACAGUGAUACUUCCUGGAUCACCCAGACACAGGGCAUGGACUGCUUACAGUGUAAUGGGGAAUAUUUAUUAUUAGUUAAAUAAUCUGUUUAUAUUGGGGAAGGUGGUAAUAUAGGGUGUGUGUAGAUAGGGUAUACCUGUACGUACAGUGAUACUUCCUGGAUCACCCAGACACAGGGCAUGGACUGCUUACAGUGUAAUGGGGAAUAUUUAUUAUUAGUUAAAUAAUCUGUUUAUAUUCGGGAAGGUGGUAAUAUAGGGUGUAUAGAUAGGGUAUACCUGUACAUACAGUGAUACUUCCUGGAUCACCCAGACACAGGGCAUGGGCUGCCUACAGUGUAAUGGGGAAUAUUUAUUAUUAGUUAAAUAAUCUGUUUAUAUUGGGGAAGGUGGUAAUAUAGGGUGUGUGUAGAUAGGGUAUAUCUGUACAUACAGUGAUACUUCCUGGAUCACCCAGACACAGGGCAUGGGCUGCCUACAGUGUAAUGGGGAAUAUUUAUUAUUAGUUAAAUAAUCUGUUUAUAUUGGGGAAGGUGGCAAUAUAGGGUGUGUGUAGAUAGGGUAUACCUGUACGUACAGUGAUACUUCCUGGAUCACCCAGACACAGGGCAUGGACUGCCUACAGUGUAAUGGGGAAUAUUUAUUAUUAGUUAAAUAAUCUGUUUAUAUUGGGGAAGGUGGUAAUAUAGGAUGUGUGUAGAUAGGGUAUAUCUGUACGUACAGUGAUACUUCCUGGAUCAUCCAGACACAGGGCAUGGGCUGCCUACAGUGUAAUGGGGAAUAUUUAUUAUUAGUUAAAUAAUCUGUUUAUAUUGGGGAAGGUGGUAAUAUAGGGUGUGUGUUGAUAGGGUAUAUCUGUACAUACAGUGAUACUUCCUGGAUCACUCAGACACAGGGCAUGGACUGCCUACAGUGUAAUGGGGAAUAUUUAUUAUUAGUUAAAUAAUCUGUUUAUAUUGGGGAAGGUGGUAAUAUAGGAUGUGUGUAGAUAGGGUAUAUCUGUACGUACAGUGAUACUUCCUGGAUCAUCCAGACACAGGGCAUGGGCUGCCUACAGUGUAAUGGGGAAUAUUUAUUAUUAGUUAAAUAAUCUGUUUAUAUUGGGGAAGGUGGUAAUAAAGGGUGUGUGUAGAUAGGGUAUACCUGUACGUACAGUGAUACUUCCUGGAUCACCCAGACACAGGGCAUGGGCUGCCUACACUGUAAUGGGGAAUAUUUAUUAUUAGUUAAAUAAUCUGUUUAUAUUGGGGAAGGUGGUAAUAUAGGGUGUGUGUAGAUAGGGUAUAUCUGUACGUACAGUGAUACUUCCUGGAUCACCCAGACACAGGGCAUGGGCUGCCUACAGUGUAAUGGGGAAUAUUUAUUAUUAGUUAAAUAAUCUGUUUAUAUUGGGGAAGGUGGCAAUCUAGUGUGUGUGUGUGUAUAGAUUGGGUAUAGCUAUAGGUACAAUUAAUCUUACUGUAAUCACACAGAACACAAGUGUAAUGGGGAAUAUGUAUUAUAAGUUAAUUUUAUUAGUUAAAUCAUCUGUUUAUAUUGGUAAAGGUGGCAAUGUAGAAUAUGUGUGUGUUUUGGGUAUACCUGUAUGUAGAAUUAAUCUUCUUUUAAUUAGACAGACACAGUGUGUGGUGUACUCAUAUUGUUUAUAUCUAUCAACAGAUAAUAAUUAUUUUAAAUUGUUGUGUUUUUUUUUUGUUGAUUCAUGUGUUUAUAAUGGGACAUUUGUGAAUGCAGAGUGUGUUCAUGUAGACGGUGUGCAGUGUAAUUUCAUGUGCAAUGAUUAUUUAGGUAAACACAUAUGUAUUGUUUGUCUUCCCCUAUCAAAUGUAUAUACUGUGAAAUAUUGGACUGUUAAUUUAAUAUGUACAGUGAAUAGAGAAUACUAUAAGCCUGUGUGCACUUAACUUACAUAUCCAGCAAAGCAGAAUAUGUUGGCUGUUGAUACAUAACAAUAAUAAAACAUAUUGUAAAAUCCUCAGCUAUUUAUUUUUUAUAUAAAGGCUGGAAGAAUUAUUUGGGAAAAGUAGAAAUUCAGGACAUCAUUGGUAAGUAUGCAUUGAUUCAUGAGACGUUGUCCUUAAAUGGAAGAUUUGUGUUUUGGAGUAAGCCUUGGAUUUAGCAUUUCUGCACUAUUAUUUACUUAAGUACGAGUUGUUAGGAAUUGAAUGAGAAUUUCAAAUUGUUGGUGAAACAGCCAACUCAAGACAUAGAUGACUUGGAUAUUUUUUCUAUUUUGGCUACUGUAGCCAAUCAUUUUAAGUUAAUUUUGAAUACUUACUCAUUUUUAUUCUUCUUAUUAUUUUUUUUAAUUUGACUAGUUUAAAAAUGUUUUACUCAAGGUGUGUGGUCUUUUGUAGAAUAUUGAAUAUAGCCGGCUUGCUCCAAUUGCAGAACUGUGAACCGUGUAAUUUCUCUUUUACAAUCCCAUUGCUACUGUGUAACAAUAUAUAGCUAGCUAACGAGAAAAGGUUGCAAAAUUUUUUUUUUUAGCAGCAAAUCAAUACCCAGAAUACUAAAUUUACUUAGUAUACAUAAUUAUUAAUCUCCAAAAUAUUUAUUUUUAAACAAGAAUACCUUUUUUGUUGACCACUGUUCUGUUAUAGGGAUAACAAUAGCCGAUGGGUAGCUCUCCAACUGUAGUCCUUAGUCUGUGUCCAACACAAUGCUGGUUCAAGCAGUUCAUCAUUAAGCAACAGUUGGAAAGCUAAUUUUGUCUAUCCCUGACUUAGAUAGAAUAGGCAAUACUAUGGUGAAAGUUGAGGUCAAUUGUGCAAAUGAUGUGGUUUGAUUCAUGGCAAAAUACAUGGAAUUGAAUGCUAAUGAUUUCCCUUUUCAGAUAUUUUCUGAACAAUUGAAGAUGUCAGUCUAUGAGGUGAUUUUUAAUAUCUAAGACAGCUACAUGGCCAUCCCUAUUACAGUUCUGGACUGUGAUCUCCUACUGUAUGGCCGUGGACAUCGCAUACUUGACCGAUGUAGGCUGGAUGAUGUUACAGAUGAAUACUUGGUCUCCACAUAUGGCUUUCCACGAUCCUUCAUUGACUACCUUGUUGAACUGUUGGGAAGUAGUCUAUCCCGGCCCACCCAGCGUUCGCGGGCUAUAAGCCCAGAAACCCAGAUCAUGGCAGCACUUGGAUUCUACACCUCUGGGUCCUUCCAGACACGUAUGGGAGAUACAAUUGGAAUCAGCCAAGCUUCUAUGAGUCGUUGUGUAACCAAUGUCACAGAGGCUUUGGUGGAGAGGGUGUCCCAGUUCAUCCACUUUCCACGGGAGGAAGGGUCCAUACAGCGGCUAAAGGAUGGGUUUUACAGUCUGGCUGGGGUGCCUGGAGUUCUGGGAAUAGUAGACUGUAUGCAUGUGACAAUAAAAGCCCCAAAUGCCGAAGACAUGUCAUAUGUGAAUCAACGAGGCCUGCACUCUUUAAAUUGUCUUUUUGCAUGUGAUACCCAGGGAGUACUGCUGUGGGCUGAAACCCACAAGCCGGGUAGCAUACAAGACAACACGUUACUUAGUCAGUCUGAGCUAUGCUGCCUGUUUGAGACCGAGCUACACAAAGAAGGAUGGCUUAUAGGUAGGCAACAUUCCAUGAUCUUAAGUACCUGUCACAGUUUUCUGAAAAGUUCUACCUGGAUUAGAAGACAUUGAUGCACUGCAUGGUCUAGUAUGUCAGGGCCCAAAAUAUCAGGGAUUUGUGUGGCGUGUAUAUGCAGAUCUUCCUAUGUCAGCUCUCUUCAUCUAGCCUCUUGCUCUCAUGUUUCAUGGCCCCUUUCUGUGUCCCUCUGGUUAUGCCCCUUCAUACCCAUCCAUUUUUCAAUUUUACAUGCCUGCUUAAUAUGUACACCCAGACCUAUUUCUCUAUGUCCUUUCUGUUUCUCUUCCAUGCCAAUAUUACUUUAUCCAGUGUAAUCCCUGGCUAAAAAACACAAUUGUGAAAUGGAGAGUAAUAGAAGGACUUCUUCAGUGAAACAAACAUGUGCUUUUAUUGCAGUAUAUCAGGUAGUUAACAUGUCAGUCCACUAGUGGGACUUUUCUCAAGGCACUGAAUUAACAUGAGAGCAAGUAUUAAAUUAAACAGGUGUGACCAAAAGCGCACAACCACAUGUGUGUUAAAUAAAAAAGUACACGUAACCUAUAAAGCAUUUAAUAGGAGCCAACACCUAAGGUUUGGCUUAUAGGACAUCCAUACUCCGUGACCCUAAAUGCAAAAUGUGAAAACAGUACUAUUAAUGCAACUAAUGGGAAAAAAAACAAACCGUGCCUUUUUAUAACUAUGUAUAUAAAAAACAAGUACACGGCUAAAAAGGUCUAUUUAUCCUUUCACGUUCUGUGAAUGGGAAAUGAGCCAGCGGCUCAGUACUGGCAGUAGAAAUGGGUGGAGUUGCACAGAAUGUGCAUUAUAUAACAGCUGAUCUCUGCAGCGCCAUGCGGUAUAUGCUGUAGAUAUGUAUGAUGCCAUCCUAUACUGCAUAGACCUAGACUGCUCCACACAAAUCACUAUUCACCAGGGCUGAGGCUUUAUCAGUUAGGUAAGGUAAGCUAAUUGGGGAGGCCUCAGUAUAUUUGAAUGGACAGAAUGGGCUGCAGAAUAAGAGUUGGUGGAUUUGUGACAUGUAGUGGGAAAAUAUAGAAACACUGAUACUGUGCACAUUCAUCCAACAGCACAGUCCUACACGUCUCUUAUAUACAUCCCCACAUCCAUACUCUCUGACAUGCCGUGGGCAUCUCUUGAAUAAAAAGCAACAGAUCUUGAAUGAGAUACAUGGGUCCUCUUAUGUUGCUAUUUUUGUUUCAUCUUUAUUUGUAAUUAUCUUUGUUUCAUGUUCUUCAAUAAUAUUGCAUAGCAAAAGUAUAUCUACUUCAGAGGGUGCUCAUUAGUGCGCCUUGAUUGGUAUUUUGCCUACGCAGAACUUUUAUAAAUAAUUCCAUGGUCAUUUGAGGCGUGUGCAUUAGGCCCUUGCUAUAACAAGGCAACUUGUGAUUAAGCAUGUCGUGAUUUUACCAUUUUUAAUUUUUUUUAUGCUGUGCAAUUAUGUGAUAUGUUAAAUGAAAUUUAAAGAAAAAAAAAAAAUCUAAAAAGCAAAAGGCCUAUCUGUACAACACUCACAUCUCAAAAUGUUGCUCUUACCAUUUGGUGAGUGGAGAUUCAGCCCUGGCAAGGGAGUGAAGACCCACAGCUACACACAACCUGUGGCUCUUGAGUGGAGCAUGCAGGUGUGUGGAAUUCAAUAAAAAAACUGAUUAAACACAAUAUUUUUUUUUUCUAUGGAAGGGGAAAGAGAACUUUGUUUCUACAUAUGAAAGUGCUUAGCAAAUAAUGAAUAUUAUGUAUUAAAGUGUUGACAUAGCUGGUUACCUUAUACUAGAUCUGCUUUUUAGAAAAAAUUCAAAUACUCCUAGAUAAUGUUUUAUUUUUAUUAUCCUUGUAGCAGAUCAUGCAUUUCUUCUCCGGCCGUGGCUGAUGACCCCAGUGCAAAUUCCUGGAAGUUCCUCUGAGUAUCGCUACAAUAUGGCGCAUUCGGCCACGCACACUGUUAUGGAACGUACCCAACGCGCCCUUCGAUUACGCUUUCGCUGCUUGGAUGGUUCUAAAGCCACACUGCAGUACUCGCCAGAAAAGGCUUCACAGAUCAUACUUGCAUGCUGCAUCCUACACAACAUCGCUCUGCAGCAUGGUCUAGACAUCUGGACUGAUUCUGGAGGGCCUGGACUGGAGCAAGAAGAGGAAUGUGUUCACAUGGAGCCUGUGGAUUCGGAAGCUUACCGUAUGCGCCAAGAAAUCAUCCUCACACAUUUUAGCUGACCAUGAUCGACCCCACAUCAGACAUUUAAUAAACCGCGAACAUGAAAAAUAUGCAUUUUUUUUCGUCUUUUUUUUUUUUUUUUGCGUUUACCCUCUAACUGAGCUAAACUGUGACUGACUGUGAAUCUACCUCUGAUUUGAAAAUUAAGCAAAUAUUUCAGGUCUAAAAUUUUGGCACUACUUUUGAAAAAAUAUUGGGGAGUGUGUCCAAAUUGAGUCUCUCUUAAUUAAUUUGAAUGCCCCCUACUCUUAGAUGAUAAUGAGUAGCUUUGGAACUGCUUGGAAUUAAUUACUGAAAGGCUAGUACAAUCAGCAGGGGGAGGGGGUGCAACACAUAUACUCAAUGACUCUUAUCCCUUACUCCGUGUGAGAUACAUGAGAGAUUACCAUAACCUAAUUACAACUGUAUUUGCAAUUGUCAUAUUUAUUGAAGAUCAGUCUUUUUGAAAUUUGGCUAUUUUAACUGAGCAUAUGUCAUUCCGUACAAUCCAGGGUCUUCAAACUAGGGAGCUGUCAAUUUUGUCUAAUUAUCACAGUUAUUUCCAAUUUUUGAGCUGUGUAUUUUCAUUGUUCCUUACCAGAUUUCAGACUUUCACGUUUACAUUUACAGGAUUAUUCACCAAAGUGAGAAUUUAAAUUGAAUUUCAAUUUAAGGACAAAGUACCUGAAUUGUAAAUAUUCUCUAAGUUAGCUUAUGUUUUCAGUUUAGCUACUUUCGCCUUAAAUUUGAAAUUCACUUUUAAUUCUCUCUUUAGCAAAUAACCCUUAAACCUUUGUUGUACAGCUAUACCUUAUACUGUGACUGACUGUCAAUCUAUAUAAUGCUUUUAUUAUUAUUAUUAUUGCUAGAUGCCCAAUAUUAUAAUUAGACUUUUUAUUUUUUAUAUUCCAUCUUUUUUCCCCCUUUGCUUUAUACCCUCUAACUGAGCUAUACCGUGACUGACCGUUAAUCAACCUCUGAUUUUAAAAACGGGCAAACAUUUAAAGUCUAAAAUUUAGGCACUACUUCAGAGAAAGUGUGAAAAAAGUUGUGUCCAAAUUGAGUCUCUCUGAAUUAAUUUAAAUGCCCCCUACCAUAGCUCAUAGAUGGCAAGGACUAGCUCAAGAAUUGCUUUGAAUUAAUUACUAAAGGGCUAGUACAAUCAGUGUGUGUAGGGGGUGCAACACAUCUACUCAAUGACUUUCAGUUAUCACUUACACAGGAACCGACCUGUAUAAUCGCCUAGGGCCCAGUGGUUAAAAUUCAGUGGCCCCAGAAACCAUCCCUAUGUGAUAAAUGAAGGGGAGGGGGGAGAGAGCUGUUAGCCUGCCUAGAUAGUAAUCCUUUUCUGGACAUUGACGUUCACGUAGGAAGGGCACAACAGUAAUGUAACACAAUAUACAUGAGCCAUGUGCACGUUACAUAAUGCCUCCCUGUGCCAUGUGAUCUAUAAGGACUAACCAGAAGACCGAUACAGUUGGCACUGAAUAUGUUACCUAUGCCAUUUACGCUUGACAUUUGUGUGUGUGGAGUAACAGCCACACAUCACUGAUGAGACCACCAAAGGGCAAGCUACUCUUUAAUUUCCCUCCAGCCAUUUGCAAGCUGUAGUUCAGCCCUAGCAACAGUGCCAUAGAUCCACACAGCCUGUGCUACAGCAGCUUGUUAAAUAUAGGAGCAUGGCUGGUAUCUUCAGCCACGAGAGAGAAUUGCCAUUAAAGGGACACUAUUGGCACCCAUUGAAGUGGUCUGGGUGCAGUGUCCCUGUCUCUUUUAGCCCUGCAAUGUAAAACACUGCGAUUUCAAAGACAAUGCAAGGUUUACAUUCCAUGAUUAAAGGACCACUCUAGGCACCCAGACCACUUCAGCUUAAUGAAGUGGCCUGGGUGCCAGGUCCCUCUAGGAUUAACCCUUUUUUUUUAUAAACAUAGCAGUUUCAGAGAAACUGCUAUGUUUAUAAUAGGGUUAAUCCAGCCUCCAAAUCCUCUAGUGGCUGUCUCAUUGACAGCAGCUAGAGGCGCUUGCGUGAUUCUCACUGUGAAAAUCACAGUGAGAACAUGCAAGCGUCCAUAGGAAAGCAUUGUAAAUGCUUUCCUAUGAGACCGGCUGAAUGUGCGCGCAGCUCUUGCCGCGCAUACGCAUUCAGCCAAAAUGAAGGAGCGGAGAGGAGGAGGAGAGCUCCCCGCCCAGCGCUGGAAAAAAGGUAAGUUUUAACCCUUUCCUCUCCCCAGAGCCAGGCAGGAGGGGGACCUUGAGGGUGGGGGCACCCUCAGGGCACUAUAGUGCCAGGAAAAUGAGUAUGUUUUCCUGGCACUAUAGUGGUCCUUUAAGACUGUCUGCCAGACAGCCACUAGAGGCGCUUCCUGCUGUUCCACGGAGUUUGACUCUGUAAUACAAUGCUGGAUGUCCUCACACUUUGCAUGCAUCCUCAAAGUUCCCAUAGGAAAGCAUUGAUUCAAUGCAUGUGCAUUAGAUUCUCCCUUGGCGGUAACAUCACAGGAGGCAGAGAUGGAGCCUAUAAUGUUCCCUUAAACAAUGGGGUUUCAAACUCUGUAGAGAUAGUAAAUAUCAGCCACAUAUGGACACUUCAUACCUAACAACAUUUCAAAUGGGUAAAGUAUGACACUUACAUUUUAGGGGUGUGGCCAAGGGUGGGGCUGUUCUGAAAAAGUUUUGAUGAUUCAUAAUAAUUUAUGCAACUAGUAUGUAAUUUAGAACAAGAACAAUGUAUCCUAUUUACACAGACUGAUUGCUAAACACGUAUUAUUGUAGUUUAAAGACACGUUACUUGGCGUAUUAUUGCUGUGGAGCUCUGUUAUAAACUCAGAUGCAACAACUAUACUGAAGUCCUAGAAAAGAGGGACAUUAGGAUAGAAAAAGGGACAGAGGGAUUUGGGCCCAAAACAAGGACACUUGGGAGUUAUGCAACGCAGGCACUGUGUAGGGAGAAUACCAAAAAACACCAUUAGCAUAACCAAAAAGAUAGAUAAGUGCAAGGAGGCAAAAACAAGCUUUACCGUUCCUUCAAAAUACAUGAACUUAUUGAUUACAGUUCAUCAAGUAUCCUUGUAAAUAAUAGUACAACACUGUGAGCCAUUCCUGUGCAUAGUACAACACUGUGAGCCAUUCCUGUCCAUAAUACAAGACUGUGAACCAUUCCUGUCCAUAAUACAACACUGUGAGCCAUUCCUGUCCAUAAUACAACACUGUGAGCCAUUCCUGUCCAUAGUACAACACUGUGAGCCAUUCCUGUCCAUAGUACAACACUGUGAGCCAUUCCUGUCCAUAAUACAACACUGUGAGCCAUUCCUGUGCAUAGUACAACACUGUGAGCCAUUCCUGUCCAUAGUACAACACUGUGAGCCAUUCCUGUCCAUAAUACAACACUGUGAGCCAUUCCUGUCCAUAAUACAACACUGUGAGCCAUUCCUGUCCAUAAUACAACACUGUGAGCCAUUCCUGUGCAUAGUACAACACUGUGAGCCAUUCCUGUGCAUUGUACAACACUGUGAGCCAUUCCUGUUUAUAAUAUAAUACUGUGAGCCAUUCCUGUACAUAAUACAAAACUGUGAGCCAUUCCUGUGCAUAGUACAACACUGUGAGCCAUUCCUGUUUAUAAUAUAACACUGUGAGCCAUUCCUGUCCAUAGUACAACACUGUGAGCCAUUCCUGUUUAUAAUUUAAUACUGUGAGCCAUUCCUGUCCAUAAUACAACACUGUGAGCCAUUCCUGUUUAUAAUUUAAUACUGUGAGCCAUUCCUGUCCAUAAUACAACACUGUGAGCCAUUCCUGUUUAUAAUUUAAUACUGUGAGCCAUUCCUGUUUAUAAUUUAACACUGUGAGCCAUUCCUGUCCAUAGUACAACACUGUGAGCCAUUUCUGUUUAUAAUAUUACACUGUGAGCCAUUUCUGUUUAUAAUACAACACUGUGAGCCAUUCCUGUUUAUAAUAUUACACUGUGAGCCAUUCCUGUUUAUAAUUUAAUACUGUGAGCCAUUCCUGUUUAUAAUAUUACACUGUGAGCCAUUCCUGUUUAUAAUAUAAUACUGUGAGCCAUUCCUGUUUAUAAUACAACACUGUGAGCCAUUCCUGUUUAUAAUAUUACACUGCGAGCCAUUCCUGUUUAUAAUUUAAUACUGUGAGCCAUUCCUGUUUAUAAUAUUACACUGUGAGCCAUUCCUGUUUAUAAUUUAAUACUGUGAGCCAUUCCUGUUUAUAAUAUAACACCGUGAGCCAUUCCUGUUUAUAAUAUUACAUUGUGAGCCAUUUCUGUUGAUAAUACAACACUGUGAGCCAUUCCUGUUUAUAAUAUUACAAUGUGAGGCAUUCCUGUUUAUAAUAUAACACUGUGAGCCAUUCCUGUUCUAUAUCACCACACUGUGAGCCAUUCCUGUUUAUUAUAUUACACUGUGAGACAUUCCUGUUUAUUAUAUCACACUGUGAGACAUUCCUGUUUAUAAUACCACACUGUGAGCCAUUCCUGUUUAUUAUAUCACACUAUGAGCCAUUCC